AUGCAACUUGUAAUAAUUUCGCUUACAUUUUUACGUGCGCUGUGUUUAGAAAACGAAAAUUAUGAUUAUGCUUCUCCUGGUUUAGUUGUUGCUAACAUUAAAAGAAGGGAUCUUAUUCCUCUUCAGCCAGGAAAUAUAAGAUGGAUUAACGGUAACAAUUUAAACUAUAGGAGAACAAAGGAUAUACGAGAAGACAUCAUUGAUCGACGCUUUGAGAUUACAGAAGCACAAUUAAGAGAAGCACAAAGAGUAUCUGACAUUAAUGAAAUAAGAGAAGAUGAAAUAAAGUCUGCGCAAAGACGAGAAGAACAGAUUAGAAACGACAUUCAAUUGAGGGAAAAUUCAGUUGCAAAUAUAAGGGAUAAUUCAGUCUCAAAUAUAAGGGAAAAUCAAUUAGGACUUAAUUACAAAAAUAGAAAUUCAAAAUAUGGCGAAAAUAAUGAUCAACUAGAUAAAUUACAUCGUGAGAUGAGAUGGCUUACAAUAGACAAUGAUGAAGGAAUUGGCAUUGGAAUACAAUAA